AUGUCUGAAUUCCCCCAGGACCUGCUAGACGGGAUCUCAGGUUCUCUAGCGACGGAAGGCGACAUUCUCCAGAUGAUUCUGAUAACCUUCAUCGGUCUAUCCUGCUACAAUGUCGCCGAGCUGCUCGUUCUAGUCCCGGCCACAUUCCAUCGCUGGUGCGGACUUUAUUUCUGGUCGCUACUAGCAUCGGCCUGUAUAGGCGUCGUUCCGUAUUCGAUUGGCUUCAUGAUGAAGUUCUUCACUCACACUGAUUCAGUGCUCUCGGUUACUGUAUUGACAGUCGGGUGGUGGACAAUGGUGACGGGUCAGUCGAUCGUGCUGUACUCUCGGCUGCAUCUUGUGCUGCGCGAUGAGAAGAUUCUCCGUCGUGUGCUCUGGCUCAUUAUCACAAAUUUCUUCCUGCUGCACGUUCCGACUACUAUUCUGACCUAUGGUGCCAACAUAUUGCAUACUGGUGAUAUUUCCUGGAUUCGUGGGUACAAUACUAUGGAAAAGAUCCAGUUGACAGGCUUCACUAUUCAGGAGAGUCUUAUAUCGACACUAUAUGUGUGGGAGACGGUGAAGCUGCUUCGUUUGGGUGCUGAUGCUACGACUCGGCCUGACUCGCGCUCUAUUAUGUACCAGUUGAUUGGAAUCAAUUUUGCUAUUGUGGCCAUGGAUCUGUUGCUACUUAGCCUGCAAUUUGCGAAUUUUUAUGCCGUCCAGAUCACAAUGAAGGGAUUCAUAUACUCGCUUAAGCUCAAGCUUGAGUUUGCCGUUCUGGGCCGCUUGGUCGAUCUCAUUCAGGGCUCGAGACAUCCUAUCUCUAUUGCUAUCGCUGAUACAUUGCCUCUCUGCUCCUUUCAGCGCGUGCCGGAGACGUCGGAGCGCUCUGAGGAGCGGGCCUGCGAUGGGUCAAAAUAUACACUGGGUCCACCGGAUGUGGAGCAUGUAGUAGAGAGCCGGAGUUGCGUCGAGGUUGCGGAUUUGUCGUGA